AUGUCUCCGAUUCCAUUUCUCUCUGCGAUUCUCAUCUUCUUCACCUCAGCAACGACGUCGUUUGCCUCCGCGGACGAUUACAACAUCCUCUCAGCAUACCAAGUGCUCCAGCAGUACGGUUUUCCUCAAGGCCUUCUUCCCAAAGGAGUAACUGGGUACGAGCUGAACAGAGACACAGGAGAGUUCUCUGCCCACUGGAAUGGAACUUGUAAAUUCAACCUCGAAGGUUCGUAUAGUCUCGAGUACAAGUCCACCAUAAGUGGAAUCAUAUCGAAAGAAAGGCUCAAGAAUCUAAAGGGUGUGAGCGUUAAAGUUCUCUUCUUUUGGCUCAACAUUGUGGAAGUGGUUCGUGAUGGUGAUGAGCUUCAAUUCUCUGUUGGAAUCGCUUCGGCCAAUUUUCCAAUUGACAACUUUGAGGAGUCUCCCCAGUGUGGCUGUGGAUUGAACUGUAAUUCUAACUCAGUUGAGGUUCAGUGAUGGGUAAGAAGAAUAAAAAAGUUCCACCAUAGAUUAUAUAAUAAUGUAUUAAAUGUCUUUAUGGGUAAAGCUUAGGAAUUAUUAGGAUCUAGAUUUUUAGGUGUAGAAAAGGGCAUUCUAAAACAGAGCAGAGGACAAGAUUAUUAUGUUUGUUAACUUCUUGUUAUUACUUAAUAGUUAAUUACAUGCUUUUUAUAA